GUUUUGGCAGUCGUAUAGCGUCUGUAUGUCUCCUUUUGGCUAGUGUAGUAUACUACAUAACAUUCACAACAUCUUAGAAAUGGUAAAUUUAGUAAAAUAUGCAUAUUUUGUUUCAUUUUAUUACAGUGACUCCAAUAAAAAAAAAAACAAGCAGCAGGCUGCAAAUGCCCAUGAGCCGCAAUGUGGUGACACCAGCUGUAGGCUUAUAAAUUCCGAUACCUUUGCCUGCAUAUUAUACUUAAAAAAAAACAGUAAGUCAAGUAAAAUGUUAGGUUCUACCCCAGUUGCUCUUCAUGUGAGACGAGCCCCCAUCAAUCGACGUCCUUAUCACAAACAGUUGCUGAAAGAGUGCGCGUCAGAGAGGAGGGGUGCGUCCGUCUCUCUUGCCUAAGCACACACACAUACGUCCUGCGUCCUCGUUCCAUCUUCGUCCAUCGCCCUCCUCCUCCACCUCCUCAUUGGGAGAUAGAUGGGAGGAGACGCUCCUGCUGAAUGCAGAAGGUAACGCAGAAGAAGGACGGUCGUUUCCCCGCCAAGCUGAUACAUCCGCCUGUUGUAGUUUUUUUUUUUUCAUCUUUUCCUCUUCGUUGCAUCUUGUAUUGCUUUACAUGGACGCGCAGCAGGAGCCGUGUGGUUUAUUUAGUGGAGACAUAUGACUGUUGGCACAGGUUGGAUUUAAACCACUUGCCGGACUGAUGAGCUCAUCUCCGUUUUCUGGCUACGGGGGCGUUAAGGAUGCGGCUGGUGGACUGGGUCAAGGUACCUGUCUUCGACUCAUAUCGGCUUGGUUCGUCUGACUGAUCCUAUCCAUAGGGACCACUACACUGCUUUUUUUUUUUCUUCCUCUGCAAAUCGGAUCCGCCACCUGCAGCUUAAAGGAUGGAUAACUAUUCUACUUUGCAAUUACAGUGUCUGGAAAUGACCACAAAACGGAAGCUGAUUGGUCGGCUGGUGCCAUGCCGGUGUUUUCGAGGGGAGGAAGAAGUGAUCUCGGUGUUAGACUACUCUCACUGCAGCCUGCAGCAGGUCCCCAAGGAAAUAUUCAGCUUUGAGAGAACUCUGGAGGAGCUCUACCUGGACGCCAACCAGAUUGAGGAACUACCCAAGCAACUCUUCAACUGCCAGUCCUUGAAGAAGCUGAGCAUGCCUGAUAACGAUCUGUCCAACCUGCCAACCACCAUUGCCAGCCUGGUCAACCUAAAAGAGCUGGACAUUAGUAAAAAUGGUAUCCAAGAGUUUCCAGAUAAUAUCAAAUGCUGUAAAGGCCUGUCAGUGGUAGAGGCUAGUGUCAACCCCAUCACCAAGCUCCCUGAUGGUUUUACACAACUCCUGAAUCUGACUCAGCUCUUUUUAAACGAUGCCUUCCUCGAGUAUUUGCCGGCGAACUUUGGCAGACUUUCCAAACUUCGGAUCCUGGAGCUGAGAGAGAACCACCUGAAAACCAUGCCAAAGUCCAUCCAUCGACUAACACAGUUGGAGAGGUUGGAUCUGGGAAGCAAUGAAUUUUCUGAAGUGCCAGAGGUGUUGGAGCAGAUCCACAACCUAAAGGAACUGUGGAUGGAUAACAACUCUCUCCAGUCCAUACCAGGGUCAUUAGGAAAACUUCGCCAGUUGCGCUACUUAGACUUAGCUAAGAAUCGUAUUGAGAAUUUGGACACAGAUGUUUCAGGAUGUGAGGCCUUAGAAGAUCUUUUGCUAUCCUCCAACAUGCUUCAGCACCUCCCUGACUCGAUAGGAAUGUUAAAGAAGCUGACGACACUGAAGGUGGAUGACAACCAGUUGACCUCACUACCAGGCACCAUCGGGAGCGCGAAGCCCAAGCAAGGUCUCUGUUUGCUGGAGGAACUGGACUGUAGUUGUAAUGAGCUGGAGUCCCUGCCUCCAACUAUUGGCUACCUGCACAGUCUGCGUACCUUUGCUGCUGAUGAGAACUUUCUCACAGAACUUCCAAGAGAGAUCGGUAACUGUAAGAAUGUGACAGUGAUGUCGCUACGCUCCAACAAACUUGAGUUCCUUCCCGAUGAGAUCGGACAGAUGACCAAACUACGAGUCCUAAACCUUAGUGAUAACAGGUUAAAGAAUCUACCGUUCACCUUUACUAAGCUGAAGGACCUGGCAGCUCUCUGGCUUUCUGACAAUCAGUCCAAGGCUCUGAUCCCCUUGCAGACAGAAGCCCACCCUGAAACCAAACAGAAGGUUUUGACCAACUACAUGUUUCCUCAGCAACCUCGACAUGAUGAGGAUUAUCAGUCAGACAGUGACAGCUUUAAUCCGACUCUGUGGGAGGAGCAGAGACAGCAGAGAAUGACAGUGGCCUUCGAUUUUGAGGACAAAAAAGAAGAGGAAGACAACUCCGGGAAGGUCAAGGUGGAGAUAAACCUCAAACGCUAUCCAACACCCUACCCUGAGGACCUGAAGAACAUGGUCAAGUCAGUGCAAAGCCUUGUGGGUAAAAAUGUUCACACCGGACAUGGGCACCAGCAUCAUCUUAGCACGGGCACUGCCACCUCAGCAGGAACGAACAUGGAACUUACGCACCACAGCAAUGAACCAUACGAACCACCGUGGCCCCUGCCUCCUAAAGAGGUAACGGACAGAGAGAUGCAGGACUUCUCUCAGACUCAGUUGAUGGAUCAGGGACCAAUGCAUAAUUCUGGCAUUGACAUCCCAAAAAGGAAGGAGAAAGAGGACCUGACAGAGAGCUCAGAGGACUCAAUGGGAGGCUCACCCAAUGACAUCCGCAUAUCUGAUAUGAGGCCCACCCUGGUAGAGCCACCGAUUUACAAACCAAAGGUGGUGCUACUUGGCAAGGACAAGAAAGAGUCUACAGAUGAAGAGGUGGAUAAGCUCCACUGUCUGAACCACAGUGGCUCCUCAGCCACCUACUCUGACUACUCUCCCUCGCAGGGCUCCUCUGGCUCCUCCAACCCACCCGCUAAUGCACACUCACACACUCACUCUCAUGCACACCAACACAACCCUGCCCUACCAGCACCCAACAAGGAUCAGGCUCUUCAAACGCACUGGACCAACAGGCUGGCCCAGUCUUUCCCCAAACCUAUCGACUCCAAGCCCUUGCUAUCGCAAAGAGAAACUCCUCCAUCAGGGACCCUGCAGCAACGUGGUGAUAGACGUCCUUUAAGUGAGCCUUUUGAGUGGUCAGAGGCUCCUCACUAUGACAACACUGGGUUUGAUGCUGAGGAGUCUCCCUUAGACCAUUCAUCCUCAGCUACGAGCCAGGGAAACCCACCGCUGGGUUCCAAACCUCGGAGCCAGUCGUCACAUGGCCGCCGUCCUCUCCUGAGGCAAGAGCGAAUAGUAGGCGUCCCACUAGAGCUGGACACACAGACGCUUCCCUUUCACAGUAACCAACGCUCUGCCCAUGACAAUGAAAACCAAGCCUCUGCACAACCUUCCCAGAAUCCUUGGCAGAAUUGGACCCGUACCCCAAGCCCAUUGGAGGACAGGACAGCUUUUCCCUCCAAAUUGGACCUUACACCAACCUCAAGCCCCAAUCCAGACCGCAAGGUGGCAGAUACAAGGCGGGAGCAAGCAGCAGGUCCUCUGCCUGGUAGCUGGUCCUACCACAACAAUCAAGGGGAGCAGAACAGAAAGGACCAGCUCACUGUUUCCGGAGGCAACAAGGUAACUGUGGUAAUGAGUAAAAGCUCUGACCGACUGUCACCUAUGAUGAAGGAGACAAGGUCCAAGUUUAAGAAAUCCCAGAGCAUCGAUGAGAUCGACAUAGGCUCCUAUAAAGUAUACAGUAUUCCCGUGGACACAUACAGUUCAUCUAUUGAGCAGCAGAGUAGUUUGGACCGACAAGAGCUGCCGGGUUCCAUGGAGCAGACCAACAUGGCCCGGUCCCAGUCUGCACCUAUGUUAGAUGAGGAACUUGCAUUCCAAGCGCAUGGAAACCAGAACCAGCAGGGACACAGCCAAAAACCUGCAGUUCCACAGAAGGCUUACCACUUUGACCAAAACUAUAACCCCCAGGUGACCAUGGACCGCCGGGCCCCUCCCCCUUUCCCGAAUACACCAGAUUAUGUCAACCACUCAUCAAAAGCAUUAGAGUAUAUCAAUCAACCUGGAAAGACAUUACCCAAGGAGUUGGUGAGCCCUCGGUACCGUGCUUACCCACCACUGGAGAUGUUCUCCUUCCCCCAAUCUCCAAUCAAUCAGGAUGGUUCCACCAGCCAGCAGCAGCAGCCAGUACCCUCACAACGUUCCAGGCCAGGGUUUUUGAGGAGAGCAGACUCCCUGGUUAGCUCAACUGAACUUGCAUUGUUCCGCCGAGUUCAUGAAGCCCAGCAGGAGGCCCUGCAGGAAGCUCAGUAUCGACAGCAGCAGGGGGACCCUCCACUUUACAGUCGCGCUCUUGCUUACUCGAGCCCCAUGGAUCAUUCUGCCAACAUGGUGGACAGCCAGAGUCAAAUGAUGCACAACAAGAGAAAUGGCCGCUAUGAUGACGAUUACCCCACCUACCAGGAACAGAAGAAACCAAUGAUUGGUUAUCCAACUAAGAGCUUGACUCAACGUCGCCCCCUGUCUGCUAGAAGUUACAGCACUGAGACCUAUGGAGCAUCUCAGGUCUGUCACACGACAAAUAACGCUCGUCCAGUGUCAGCUCGUCCCACCAUGGCUGCCCUACUGGAAAAAAUGCCUCCUGACUAUACUCUGGCGACCUGCCCAGAGAAGCCUUCAGAUGACACCAUCAAAGUAAGACCCGUGGUACCGCAGAAGCCUGAAGACAUCACGUCCAAGAUGCCUGCCGAUUGGAGGCAACAGCUGCUGAGGCACAUAGAGGCCAAACGUCUUGACAGGAGUGGUGUCCUAAAGCACAAUACUCUCACGCUGGGCAUGCUCUGUCAGGGCGGGGGUCACGGCCAGGGGCGCAGCAGCACUUUGAACUUUAACGUUUACAAUAACACUAAGCAUGAGCCUCCUGCUGGCCGCUGGCUGCCACUACCUCCUCCUCCAUCUGCCAUUGCUACCCCCUCCCAGCAAGCCGCCAUGCUGGAUAAUGACCAAGAGGUUGUUUCAGGGAGCAAUCAAUGGGUUCCUUACUCACUUGGAAGGAGGGACGUCCCACCUGACAACCUCAUGAAAAAGGCCAGUCACUCUCACAACCCUUCUCAUCAAUCACACAACGCCAUGAUCGUCACUUCUUCGUCCUCUUCCUCGGCCGCAACCCCUCAUCGCAUGGUUGGCCAACAGGGUUAUGAUGGCGGAAUGAUGAACAAGGGGAGCCAAUACCAGCCAGGGAUGCCCUUAUCCAUUGUUCCGUCCGGGGGGCAGUAUCAAGGCAACAUGCCUCAAGCCCAUAACACCCCUGGCCAGGUCUACCCAGGUGCUGGCAUGCCCAUGGCCUUGUCGUCAUCCGGGAACCAAACCCAGUACAACCCACAUAUCUCCCACACAUCCCAUCAGCCCCAGCACGCACACAACAACCCUCAGUACCACAGUAACCAGGGAAUGGUCCAUAGCAACCAGGUUGUUGUGACCACUCACACCACCCCACGGCCUCAGAGCGCUCGUUGCCUUCUGCAGACCAAAGGCCAGAAGAGCACGGAUGGUUUCCAGGAACAGUUAUGUGUAAGAAUAGAGAAGAACCCCGGUCUUGGUUUUAGUAUCUCUGGUGGCAUCAGCGGCCAGGGGAACCCCUUCAAACCCUCCGACAUGGGUAUCUUUGUUACUAGGGUACAGCAUGACGGGCCCGCCGCAUCCGCCCUGCAGCCUGGAGACAAGAUACUGCAGCAUGUGUAUAGCUCCUCCACUUUUCUCUCUUUUCCCCAACAGUGAUGUGUUACUGAGCUAAUGAUGGCAGUGACCCUCCAUCCUUCCACAAACACACAAAUAGACAUAAGGGAAAAAAAAACAAACUGCAACGUACAUAUCUAUAGAUGCAUGCGCACACACAUGCUGCUGACUGUGCUGCGUGUUUGCCUUGCAGGCGAAUGGACAUAAUUUUUUACACAUGGAGCACGAGACAGCCGUCUCUCUGCUGAAGAGUUUCCAAAGGAUGGUGGACUUGGUGGUUCUGAGAGACAGCACCACUCCCUAGAAAUACCUUUAUAAGAAUAAACAAACACAUCCUCACUUCUGUGCUAGUCACCAUCCCUCACCACCCCACCUGCCCUCUGCUGGAGGCUGGUGGAAGUGAAAAAAAUGAGCCUCUUUUUUAAAAAAAAAGAACUUUUUAGGGGAAUGCAGACUUUUUUUUGCCUAUUGCUGGAUCAUAGGCAAAUUCUCGUGCCAAAUGUAACAUAGGAAACAUAUCGUCUAUCUGUCUACCGGCGAGGGGGCCUGAUUAACGGCCUGAAGGACCCCCAAAAGACUACAACUUGAGUCACCACAGGGCUGCUCCAGUUUGGAUUUUGUGUUUGGGUUGUUAUUUAGGCAUCUAAUCUAAAUGUAUCCAGUUUCUUUUUGGGGGGAGGGGGGCGGUUUAGUUUGGUAUCUAGACAUGUAUGAGGGUUGUUUUGAUUAGCUUUUCUUGGUAUUUGUUAUUGUUUUUAAACACACAGUU